UUAGAUCAUUGUUAAGUCAACGGCAUCCAGAGCUCGGCCAGCAGGCUACAGCUGAUUCUGGUAAUAACACAGUACACUCUCUCUUUGUGCACUCUCUUACUAAAAUGGGCAAAUCCGAUCCAUCAUCCAUAGACCCGAAAACAGGCUUCUGCCCCGAAACCAAAACCUUCUACAGCCUCCGCCCUCCCGUUCCUCUUCCACCGGAAAACACUCCUCUCUCCGCCGCCUCUUAUGCUCUCUCCCUUCAGUCCGCCUCCGACUGGGUGGAUUCCACCGCGCUAAUUCAAUCCGACACCGGCCACCGCAUUUCUUACCCCCAGUUCCGUCUUUACGUCGAGGCCUUAGCUCUCUCUCUACGAACGGAAGUUGGCCUCUCCAGGAACGAUGUCGCUUUUGUCCUCUCGCCUAACUCCACCCGCGUUCCCAUCCUCUAUUUCGCGCUCCUCUCCAUCGGCGUCGCUGUCUCUCCGGCCAAUCCACUCAGCACGAACUCUGAAAUCUCCCGUCAAAUCAGAAUCUCGAAGCCGUUUGUCGCGUUCGCCACGUCGGUAACCGCUGUCAAACUCGUGGAGCACGGGUGUAAAACGAUUCUCAUUGACUCGCCGGAGUUCGAACGCAUGAUGACGAGGAGGAUCGGUAGUGAAGUCGUAGAGGUGGAGGUGAGCCAGAACGACGUCGCGGCGAUACUCUUUUCGUCUGGGACGACGGGGCACGCGAAAGGCGUGGUCAUCACUCACCGCAACUUCAUUGCAGUUACCGCCAGUUUCUAUUACCAGAGGCAGCAGAGGUCUUCUCCGGUGGUGGGCUUGUACAUAACGCCGUAUUUUCAUGUCUUUGGGUUUCAUUACACGCUGAAGUCGGUGGCGCUGGCCGAGACGGUGGUGGUGAUGGAGAGGUACGAGUUGAGCAAAAUGCUGAGGGCAGUAGAGGAGUUUAAAGUGACGCAUUUGGCGGUGGUGCCGCCAAUCGUGGUCGCAAUGGUGAAGAGUAAUUUAACAAAGAAUUUUGACUUGGGAUCGUUGGAGGCUGUGGGCAGCGGCGCAGCCCCACUCGGCAUAGAUUUGAUCGAAGCCUUUGCCAAGAAAUUCCCAACAAUUUUUAUUUUCCAGGGUUAUGGGAUGACGGAAACAAGUGGUGCAGCAGUGAGAGCAUCGAGUCCUGAUGAAUAUCAGCGAUGGGGUUCAGUGGGAAAGCUGUUUGGAAAUAAUGAAGCCAAGAUUGUUGAUACUGACACAGGCAUUGCUCAGCCUCCUGGCAAGCUAGGGGAACUCUGGAUAAAAGGACCUACAGUGAUGAAAGGAUAUGUGGAUGAUCCCAAAGCGACUUUUGAAACCUUGGUAUCAGAUGAGUGGUUGAGAACUGGUGAUGUCUGUUAUGUAGACAAUGAAGGUUUCUUUUUUGUGGUUGAUAGGAUAAAGGAGUUAAUCAAAUACAAAGGGUACCAGGUUCCUCCAGCUGAGCUCGAACAACUGCUCCUCGCCCACCCUGAUAUUGUAGAUGCAGCUGUAAUAGCCUACCCCGACGAAGAAGCUGGUCAAGUGCCCUUAGCCUUUGUUGUCGGUCGUCCCCAAAGCAGACUUGAAGAAGGCCAAAUCAUAGAAUUUAUCGGGAAACAGGUUGCUCCAUAUAAGAAAAUAAGGCGUGUAGUAUUCGUUAACUCUAUACCAAAGAGUCCAUCUGGGAAAAUUCUACGAAAAGAAUUACGGAAGAUUUACCUGCCAGAUUCCAAGCUUUAAUAACGAGAUCUUCUUUAUUCACUUGUUUGGAAUGUUCUUUGUGGGGAAUCUGUGCAAUAUGCCAAUUUCAGCACCAUGAAUGUCACUGAGGCAUUGAUGGAGUGAUUAAGAUCCAGCAACUUUACUGCUUAUUUAUCUUCUUGACCAAUUAUCCAAGUCAAAAACUUCAUAUUGCUCUGGAA